AUGGCAAAAGCGAUUCGGUUCUUUGAGUUGAACACUGGGGCCAAGAUCCCGUCCCUCGGUUUGGGCACGUGGCAGGCUGAGCCCGGCGUCGUUGCCGCCGCCGUCACCGCCGCCAUUAAGGUCGGGUACCGGCAUAUUGAUUGUGCUCAAGCGUAUGGCAAUGAAAAGGAGAUUGGGUUUGCUCUGAAGAAGCUUUAUGAUGAUGGUGUGGUGAAGCGUGAGGACCUAUGGAUCACUUCAAAACUCUGGUGCAAUAAUCAUGAACCAGAAGAUGUGCCAAAAGCACUAGAUAGUACCCUGCAAGACUUACAACUCGACUAUCUCGAUCUCUAUCUAAUCCACUGGCCUGUCAAGAUGAAGAAGGGUUCAACUGGCUUUAAGACUGAAAACCUUGCCCAACCUGACAUAGCCAGUACUUGGAAAGCAAUGGAGGCACUUUAUGAUUCUCGCAAGGCCAGGGCCAUAGGGGUUAGCAAUUUUUCUACAAAGAAGCUUGGAGACCUAUUAACAGUGGCACGAGUGCCUCCGGCUGUUAAUCAAGUGGAAUUGCACCCUCAAUGGCAGCAGCCAAAACUAAAAGAAUUCUGCAAAUCCAAGGGAGUUCACUUAACCGGGUAUUCACCAUUGGGAUCUCCAGGCACAAGCAGCAUUAAGGGUGAUGUGCUUAAGAAUCCGAUUCUUACAUCGGUGGCAGAGAAGCUGGACAAGACUCCUGCACAAGUGGCUAUCCGGUGGGGGCUCCAGUCAGGUCACAGUGUACUGCCUAAGAGCACAAAGGAGGCAAGGAUCAAGGAGAACUUUGAUGUUUUUGAUUGGUCUAUACCUGAAGAUUUGUUUGCAAAGUUUGCUGAAGCAAAGCAGGAGAGGCUGCUUAAAGGUACCGGAUUCGUCCACGAGACUUCCGAAGGUUACAAAACCAUCGAGGAACUUUGGGACGGUGAAUUGUGA